AUGAACCGCCUUUUCGGCGCGGCCCCCAAGGGCCCGAAGCCGACGCUCAACUCGGCCAUCUCCAACAUCGACGACCGCAUCUCCUCCAUCGACGUCAAGCUGUCCGCCCUCACGGCCGAGCUCAACACCUACCAGCAGAAGCUCGCCAAGAUGCGCGACGGGCCCGGCAAGAGCGCCAUCAAGCAAAAGGCCCUCAAGGUCCUCCAGCGCCGCAAGAUGUACGAGGGCCAGCGCGACCAGCUCCAGUCCCAGGUCUGGAACAUGGAGCAGGCCCAGACCAUGCAGGACAACCUCAAGAACACCAUGGCCACCGUCGACGCCCUGCAGACCACCAACAAGGAGCUCAAGCGCCAGUACGGCAAGGUCGACAUCGACAAGAUCGAGCGCCUCCAGGACGAGAUGGCCGACCUCAUGGACGUCGGCAACGACAUCCAGGAGAGCCUCGCCCGCUCCUACGACAUCCCCGACGACGUCGACGAGGCCGAGCUCGACGCCGAGCUCGAGGCCCUCGGCAUGGAGGCCGAGCUCGAGCCCGAGAUGGGCGCCGGCUUGCCCAGCUUCAUGCAGGAGGAGCUGCCCGAAUUUAUCGACGAGGCCCCCAAGGAGGGCACCAAGGUCAAGGAGGUGGCUGGUUGA